AUGGGCAAUUCACAUGCAUUCUUCUCACACUUAAUACCACAUUUUGAUGCAACUAUUGUUACAAGUGAUAGCCAAACAUUUGAAAUAUCGAAUUUUGAAUUAAUUGAUCAUAUUUUAUUACUUCGUCAAGUGAUCGCACACCAAGAAAUGAUUCAAAAAGGAGAAGUGUUAGAUUAUUAUAUCGAAGACUAUUGUAAACGUAUGUCUGACCAGACUAUGAUGACUAUUCAUCAACAAUUAGAACUUCCUUGGCAAAUUGACUGGAUUUGGCAUGUUCAUCGACUUCAUCCAAUUGCCUAUAAUAAUGAUUGUAUUCGACAAUUGUCAAGUGGUCAGUUGGUCGAUAAAAGAUGUCUAAGAUUAACAAUAGAACAAUAUCAAAAACAUCAUUUAAAUGUGUCAUCCGAAUCGAUAAGAGGACAUUUGAAAUUUGUUCCUUCGCUUGAUCUAACUAGUGCCAUACUUUAUCAACGUACUUUUCUGGAAAAUUUCAAAAAACAUUAUUUAUUUUCAAUGGAUUUACAACAUAUGAAUCGAAAUUUAUUCGAACAAAUGGUACAAAAUUAUGUGUCAUUUUUGAAAUUAUCCAAAGAAAACGAAAUUAUUGUACCGACGUUUGAUAUUGAUUUAAUAUGGCAUACACAUAUGAGAUUUCCUUCACAUUCUCAGAAAGCUUCUAUAGCUUUGUGCGGUUCUAUUCUUGAUCAUAAUGAUUUUAUUUAA